AUGACCUCCCUCAAUGCUGCUGCCGCUCCUGCUCCGAGCCGUCCGCUGCAACCCAUCUUGACCAUUACGACUCUGAAAAACUGGGUGCUACCUCCACGGCCUAAGAAUGCCCGCAAGAAGGUGCCUGACAAGAAGAAGAAGUCGACGCCUGCAAUUGCUGUUCCCAAAGUGGCUCCAAAGCUGGCCACUCCAAAAAUGGCUCCACAGCUGCGUCCUCAUCAAAUUCCGAAGCAACAGCCUUCAAAACUGAUCGCUACGACGCUGCGUCCAUCCAUUGGUGGCCCUUCACAAUGCGGACUGGAAUCCGUGGACGACCUUCACUCAAGCAUAAAAGCUAUCGAUCGCGAGAACUACCAGCUUAAGACUCGCUUGCUCUCUUUGAUCCACGACUACAAGUCUUUGCGGGCGCUGGUGCUCCGUGCUGCCGUUGACGGCUCCCCUACUCCAGAUCUCUACGACUUAGCGACCACCGCCAGAAAACGUCUCUAUACUGAGAUGGGUGACGUAGGGGGAGAUCCCAUGAGUGAACUCAUAGUCAACAUGAACGAGCUCUCGCAUACCAGUCCUACGGGUGGUUAUUUGGACUCGGAUCCGUUGACCACGCCGCUUGAACCAGCCAUGGACAUCAUGGAGCCAGAGUUGUUUGACUUUGUCAAUCUCGACAGUGAUUUCGACGAUUUGGACGACGACCAUAGAACACAACUCGGCGAAAUGGACGAUGACCUUGACUCGCGGUCGCUUAGUCGCUCAAUCUCACCCUCUGCGUCCGACACCGAUGAGAAUCUGCUCAUGGCGUCGCUCACUCGCUCCACCACGGUGUCCACCAAUAACUCGACAUUUGACCGCAAACCAAUCAAAUUUUACGAUUUGCCCUCGUAUUCCGAGGACAACUACGGGUUUUCCUUUGAAAAAAUCGAUCCACAUGACAAGAUGAUGUCUGUGAUUGAGGAAGACCAUUACAAUCAGGUUGCCGAUUUUCUCGAGGAAAAGCUCAUGAGCAAUGAUGUCCAGUACUAUGUGGAGAAAGCCCUCUAG